AUGAGUGUGUUAAAAGUGCGGUUGUUCUUAACGUUUAUGUUACUUACCUCAACGAAAGCUCACGAUGACGAACGAAACGUCACCGAAUCAGUCCUGGAAGGGCUUGAAUAUAAAACCUUAACAGCCAAACUGGACUACUUGCUGCACAAGCUUACGGUGAUGGAUUCUUCGCUAAAGGAAGAUGGUGUGAUCAUCGAUCGAAGGUUGGCAUAUCAAGGAGGGAUAUCGGAAGGGAUACUGGCAACCGUGAAGCGAAUGAGUAACAAUCUAGACGAUCUUACUGGAGCCAUCAAUCAGCUAAGGUCGAUAAGUAACAAUUGCACCACUCCACCGCAGAAGCAUCAGUGGAAUCAAACGAUCACGGAUCAGAAAGACAACCAUCACGAAUGUUAUACGCCACAGGUGAUCCACGUAUCGCAGGAAGAUCAGCUCAAGAACAGUUCUGGCCAGGUACCUCGGAAGGACUUUGUUCGAUCGUGCAAAGAAGAACCAUCGAAGCGUUCUGGAAAGUACUGGAUAAAACCUACCGAACACGACGAACCAUUUCUGGGCUACUGUGAACAAACUAGUUUUGGUGGAGGAUGGCUUGUGUUCCAGUAUCGUUUUAACGGAUCGGUGGAUUAUUACCGCGACUGGGCAGCGUAUCGGAAUGGUUUUGGUAGUGUCGAUGGAGAGUUUUGGCUCGGGCUGGAGCGUUUACAUCGCAUUAUCGCGGCACAAAACCAUGAGUUAUUGGUGGAGCUGAAAGAUUUCUCCGGAAAGUACAAGUAUGCACGGUACAGUAGGUUCAAGAUUGGCAGUGAGGUGGAGCAAUACUCGCUGAUAAUGUUAGGAUCGUACACAGGCACUGCAGGAGAUUCAUUGAAGCUCCAUAAGGGAAUGAAGUUUACAACAGAAUAUCGGAAUCCUGUUGGAGGAACUGUUUCCGAAUAUAAGGGAGCGUGGUGGUAUAACUAUGUAUCCCUAUCAAAUCUGAAUGGACGCUACAAAAAUGGUAAUUCCCUCAAAGCUAUAACAUGGUUCUACUACAAAAACUCAUUUGAAGGUUUAGCAUUCUCGCGAAUGUUGAUUCGCGAAGUUUAA